UAUGCCCAAUCGGGCGUUCGCCUUCCGCUCCUCCCUCUACUCCCGCAAUCUAGCGUACGUAUAGGACAGCAUGCUGAAGAGCUCGUCAGUUCGGACGGCUGGGUCGAGGAGAGGAGGGCGCUCUGGGCCCUAUGGGCUGAACUUCACGCGUCAAAGACUAUUCACGCGUAGAGCACAAGUUCCUCCCAGCGGUGCACAAGCGCUCAAAUACACCCCAUCAGUUCUGCUCGCAAGUUUUGCCGUUGGAAUUCUCUCCACUUCGAUUAUCGACCUUCAUGACCUGGCUGGCUCUUUCACCCGUCGCUCUCUACGCGCCGACAGUUCGGAGAGUAACAGCUGGACAAAUAAUAUACCGUACAUCGGAAGCUGGGGACGUGGGAAUGAGGAUAAGCAUGAGAGUACCACAGUUGACGAAGCAGAUACGUCCCAGGUAGCAUCCGGUCAGCAGGAACCGCCACCUCAGACUCGCGUUGUGUCGGACUCUGGAGAAGAGACCACGCCCGAAAGGCUGCCGUCGUCGUGGGAUGGCUUUACGGGCAGUCUCACAACUGCCUCGAAAUCGGUCACCUCAAUCGGCGAUACGAUCGUUGAUUUUAUCGUUCCCGACUGGUUCAAGAUCCUACCCGGGUUCUUGAAUAAGCUCCAGAAUGAGCUUUCAAUGGCGCCCGGAUCGCUCGCCGAAGAAAUUUGGUACGAAGCAAAUGACCCCGAGAUCAACCCGGAAAUCAUAUGGGAUGCGGUGGUUCGUGUCUCGAACGAUAUAUGCACAGAGGAGAAGGCCUUCUUAGAAAAACGACGGGCUCACACGAGACGUGCAAUCUCCAAAUACCUAGGCGUAGCCGAGAGAGACAUACACCCGGAGGACGUUCCUACCAUUGCUAUGUGUGGGUCUGGGGGCGGUCUCCGGGCGCUUGUUGCAGGAAGUUCGUCCUACCUCUCGGCCCACGAAGCCGGGCUCUUUGACUGUGUAACCUACACGGCCGGCGUUAGUGGUAGUUGCUGGCUCCAGACACUAUACUACUCAUCUAUGACUGGACAGAGUCAUCAGAAACUGAUCGACCACUUAAAGAACAGACUAGGCGUUCAUAUUGCAUUUCCUCCUGCAGCUUUGCCGUUACUUACCUGUGCCCCAACCAACAAAUAUCUGCUAUCCGGAUUAGUCGAAAAGUCAAAAGGAAUUCCGGACGCAGAUUUUGGGAUUGUGGACAUCUAUGGCUUGCUCCUAGCAGCUAGACUUCUUGUACCCAAGAGUGAACUCUCCGUCGAUGAGUACGACUUCAAGAUUUCCAAUCAACGACGUUACAUAGAUGACGGAUCCCACCCGCUACCUAUAUAUACAGCAGUGCGCCACGAAAUCCCACUAGCAGAACAGUCAGACAUGAAAGAUCCUGUUGCGGUAUCAGCAAAAGCGAGAAGGGAAGCUUGGUUCCAAUGGUUCGAGUUCACUCCGUAUGAAUUCUGGUGCGAGGAGCUUGAAGCGGGUAUCCCUACCUGGGCCGUUGGACGUAAGUUCGAAAACGGGAAAACUGUUUGGAGACAAAACGGCCUUGCACUCCCCGAACUAAGGGUUCCACUCUUAAUGGGAAUCUGGGGCAGUGCUUUCUGUGCAACGCUGUCCCACUACUACAGGGAGAUUCGGCCCAUUAUGAGAGGCCUCGCCGGGUUCGAUGGUAUCGACCAGCUAAUCUCGGAGCGUGAUGAGGAACUAAUCAAACUUCAUCCGAUCGAUCCCGCGGGUAUUCCCAACUUCGCUCUAGGCAUGAGAGAUGUGCUUCCAUCUUCGUGUCCCGAAAGUAUUCACAAAACAGCCAAUCUGCAGCUCAUGGACGCGGGGAUGUCGAACAACCUUCCUAUAUACCCACUUCUCCGCCCCGGUCGGGAAGUCGAUAUUCUCAUCGCGUUCGACGCAUCUGCGGACGUCAAGACCGACAACUGGCUGAAAGUUGCAGACGGUUAUGCCAGGCAGAGAGGCAUUAAGGGCUGGCCGAUUGGCGCUGGGUGGCCCCCCUCCGAUGCGUCUCAGCAGGAGAUUGCCGAAGAUCUUGAAGCUGCUCAAGCUAAGUCAGAUGAAGACGCCAACGCUAAGAUGGAUGAAGCAAAGAGAGUCCAACGUCGGCAAGAAGCCAAGAAGCAUGCUACCGUCAACGAGGAGUUGGGUUACUGCAAUGUCUGGGUUGGCACAACUGAAGAGCGCACCAGCGACUCUGAACCGCCUUCUUCCAAGCGCGUCGAGGAGGACUGGGAGCUCCUGCAGCCGAAUGCUGGGAUCACUGUUGUUUAUUUCCCCUUCGUCUCUAACCCAAAGGUUAACGGGGUAGAUCCCAAGAAGUCAGAUUUCAUGUCCACUUGGAACUUCGUUUACACGCCAGACCAGAUUGACAGCGUCGUGUCUCUUGCCCGAACAAAUUUCCAGGAAGGCGAAGAGCAGACACGACGGACAGUCAGGGCCGUAUACGAGCGCAAGAGGGCCAAAAGAUUAGAAAGGGAGGCCGAAGAAAAACGACACAGGAGGCAGUGGAAGUUACGGAGGGGCACAGUAGGGAGGAAGCUGGGCGAAGGGGAUCACGGUGAUCAUUUCAGUUGAGGGAUUUGGUGAGAGUUGCGCAGUUCUUUUUGGCUAAGAUUGAAUGUUUUAUACCCAUAGGUCUUGAACUCGACCUUACCUUACUUUCUUGAGCUUCGCCAUUGUCGACACAUACUGAACUCACGUGGAAUUGAGGGCUAUCUUAUUCCGGACCCUCUAGCGCUAGUCAUAAGCAGUAAGGCUUCACAUAAUCACUUCUCCACACUCUUGAUUUCCACUCCUGUCAUGUUUGUGUAUUCAAGUCUCGUACUCUUCAAAUCUAAGUGAGCUUUCUAUUGUCCCAUCC